UUGUUUUGCCUAAAAAUGGCAGAUAUUAUCUCGUCCAGUUCAAAGGCAGAAAGUUCUCAUGUCUCUGCAUCAUCAAAUUUUUUUGAAGUUAAUCCCAAUCAGCGUUUGACUUCAGCCCUCUUGAAUGAAUUCAACUACCUUCCUUGGUCAAGGGCUAUUUUAUUGGCUCUUGGUGGAAGAUCAAAGCUUGAAUUUAUCGAUGAGAAUAGCGUUGCUCCUGAUGCCAAUUCAGGAGAAUAUAAAGCUUGGAUCGCAAAUGACAAAUUGGUCAUGACUUGGCUGCUUAACUCUAUGGAACUCCAUCUUGCUGAGAUUUUUAGUUUUUCAGAGUCCUCUGCAGAUCUAUGGAAAGCCGUUAAAGAGAUGUACGGGAACCAGAAUAAUGCUGCGCGCGUGUUUCAACUCCAGAAAGAUAUUGCAAGUCUUCAGCAAGAAGGUAAACCUUUUGUGCAAUUUCUUGGUAGUUUGAAAAGUAUGUGGAAUGAAUUAUCCAUUUAUCGUCCACAUACAACUGAUUCCGCCGUUCUGUUAAAACGGGCUGAAGAGGAUAAAAUUUUUCAACUUUUGGCUAGUCUUUCUCCUGACUAUGAAGAUCUACGUAGUCGCAUACUCAUGAAUUCAGAACUACCCUCCCUUGCAAAUGUAUGUUCAACUAUUUCUAGAGAAGAAGUUCGUAGAAAAGUUAUGAACGUAAAUGUUAAAUCUGAUUUUUCUGAGGCCCGGGCCUAUGUAUCCAACCAUAGACGAUCUGAAGAAAAAGGAAAUAAGGGUAGGAGACCCGAAUUGAAGUGCACUCACUGUAACAAUAUCGGUCAUACCAUGGAUCGAUGUUGGAUUCUUCAUCCUGAAUUAAAGCCAAAAUUUGCAAGAGACAACAAGAGUGCACAGAAACGUUUCCAAUCGUCAGGCUACAAGGCUAAUCAUGUGACAGCUUCAUCCACGGAUGGGCUCUCAAAGUUUACUUCUAGCCCGAUCACGCUCAUCAAUGAAUUCGCCUCUUAUCUUCAAGCAAAACAAGGUGAGAUUGAUAAGAAUGAGAAUGAAAGUUCAUCAGCUAUGCUUAGCCGAUUUGCGGGUUUUCUUGCUGAAAAUAAGAAUGUCUCAAAUGAAGACAAACCAGGAUAUAGUCACCAAGAGGACGAUUGGUGAGGGCUUUUUCUUUCAAGGUCUUUAUUAUCUUCUCAAAGAUUGUCGUGUUCCUAAGGGAUUUCACGUGAAUGCCUUUCUAGCUCCAGAGCAACAAUUGUGGCAUCAACGUCUAGCACAUCCCUCAGAGUUAAUUUUAGCAAAGCUUUUUCCUAGUUUCAAUAAAAAUUCCAU